UCUUCGUCUUUAUUACGGUGAUUAGAAUGUUGACACAUCCGAAUCUUCCAGUUCUUGCCUGUGAAUCUCCCCACUUCCAUCUCCUUUAGACUUGUCAAUCACCAGACCUUUAAUGAAACCUCUUCAGACGUUUUUUCCAAGGAUAUCACGCCAUGAGUGUUCAGCUUGUUGUGGCCCUCGUAUGCGCUCUUAUGAUACCUCUGUUACUAGUCUUUUUGAUUGACACAAAGAAGAAGACGCCAGCAUCUAGGAAUCUCCCUCCCGGUCCUAGGAAGUUGCCGAUAGUCGGAAAUUUGCACCAACUCGGCUCCUUGCCUCACCGAUCGCUCACGCGCCUCUCGAAACAGUAUGGCCAGAUCAUGUUUCUACAGCUCGGCUCUGUUCCCACAUUAGUCAUCUCAUCCGAAGAUGUCGCGAGGGAAGUAUUCAAGGCCCACGACCGCGCUUUCUCUGGCAGACCCGUCUUUUAUGCGGUGAAGAAGUUAUCGUAUAAUUGUUCUGAUGUAAGUUUUGGCGCCUAUGGCGAAUCCUGGAGAGAGCUCAGGAAAUUAGUGAUACUAGAACUCCUGAGUAGCAAGAGAGUCCGGUUGUUUGAGUCUGUGAGGGAGGAAGAGGUUAAGCUCAUGCUUGACACAAUCACUUCUUCUCCAGGUCCUGUCAAUAUUGGUGAAUUGGCACUUUUAUUGGCUAACAAUGUCGUGUGCCGAGUGACUUUUGGUAAGAAAUGGCAGGCUGAAGGUGGUGGUGGAAAGAGCAAAUUCCACGAGACGGUCCGCGAGAUACAGAGCAUCUUAGGGGGCUUUUGUGUUGCGGAUCUGUUUCCGCAGAUAGCUUGGUUUAACAGGCUCAAUGGCUUCAAGGCGAAGGUCGAAAAGAAUUUCAGGGAGUUAGACAAGUUGUACGAUGAAGUGAUCGAGGAGCACCGAGACCCUAAAAGGCCUAAACCCGAUCAUGAAGAUCUUGUUGAUGUGUUGCUUCGGUUACAAAGCGAUCCAAAUCAAGUAAUUGCCCUCACAGGUGAACAGAUAAAAGGCGUAUUAACUGACAUGUUCAAUGCAGGUACAGAUACCUCGUCAGCCACUCUAGUCUGGACAAUGACUGAACUCAUACGCAAUCCAUCUAUGAUGAGAAAAGCACAAGAAGAGGUUCGAGAAGCAGCAAAGGGAAAGUUACAGGUUGAAGAGAGUGACCUUCUACGACUCACCUACCUAAGAUCAGUCAUCAAAGAGGCACUAAGACUCCAUCCACCGCUCCCUCUUCUAGUUCCAAGAGCGACAAUCGAGGAUUGCAAGAUAAGGGGAUACGAAAUUCCUAAAGGAACGACUGUAUUCAUCAACGUGACAGCGAUAUCCACAGACCCAAAAUGUUGGGAAAACCCAGAAGAGUUUAGGCCUGAGAGGUUCUUGAACAGCUCCAUCGAUUUUAAGGGACAGAACUAUGAGCUUCUGCCAUUUGGUUCUGGCAGGCGGGGAUGCCCCGGAAUACAUUUCGGUGUCGUGAUAGUUGAACUUGCAAUGGCAAAUCUCCUUCAUCGGUUCAAUUGGAAACUGCCUGAAGGGAUGAGUGUCGAAGAUAUUGACAUGGAAGAAGAUUAUGGCCUCACGACUCACAAGAGGAGUCCUCUUUGCCUGAUAGCAACCCCCAUAAAUGGUUGACAUAACGUUCCCAUACUACCAAUAAGAAAGUUCGCUUGAUUCACUCCGUAAAAACACGGACUUUCUUCUGUCUUCGCAUGUUUAUUGUGUUGUAUGGCUACUACAAGUUUUCUGGUUUGACUUUGUGGCAAUUGCCGUUACUGGAUCUUGUAACCUGAAUUAUUCAAAAACUUUUGAGAAACAAAUUAAAGAUCUUAGUGACAGAUUGAUGCUUUC